AUGACAACCGCGCUGUGCACGCCCGAAGCCCUGCCUGCCGGGUGGGGCGAGCAUCCCCGGCCAGGGCCCCGGGCAUCGCCCGGGCGGAAGAGCCCUCUGAGGGGUCUCCCUCGCCGCAGCCACGGCCGCAGCGCGGGAACAGCCCCCGCCGGCCUCUGCAGCCCUUGGGACGAAGUGGGCCCCGGGUUUCCUCUUACAAGACCUGAUCUUUGCAAGAAAUGGGAAGCCGCUGUUAAAAGGAAAAACUUCAAGCCAACCAAGUAUAGCAGCAUUUGUUCAGAACACUUUACUCCUGAUUGCUUUAAAAGGGAAUGCAACAACAAGCUUCUGAAAGAAAAUGCUGUGCCCACAAUAUUUUGUUAUACUGAACCCAGUGAAAAGCUUGAAGAAUUUGCAGAACAGCCAGAAGAUCCACUACCACCACCUCCACCACCGCCACCGCCUCCACCACCUCCACCACCACCACCAGCAGCAGCUCCAGUAUUACCACCAUCUCCAUCAACUCCUUCUUUUCAUUUGUCUCAGAUAGAUGCUAGAUUUGUAGAUCCAAGUAUUGGAUUAUUGAUGCCUCCUCUCCAGACCCCUAGCAAUCUUGCUGUUUUUUGUGAUCACAACUAUACUGUAGAGGAUACAGUUCAUCAGCGAAAAAGAAUUCAGCAGCUGGAGGAACAAGUUGAAAAACUGCGGAAGAAGCUCAAGACAGCGCAACAGCGAUGCCGGCGUCAGGAAAGACAAAUUGAAAAACUGAGAGAGAUUGUUCAGUUUCAGAAAGAAAAAGACAUAUUGGCAGGAAAAGGCUAUGUGAUUCUGCCCAAUGACUAUUUUGAAGUUGUAGAAGUACCUGCCUAGAAGUCAUGAACAUCAGUUUUCACUUUGCUAGGCCAAGAAAUUUAGUUUAAAAAAUAAAUGCUCUCUAAUUAUGUGUGUAAGACUCUCCAGAAUUCUAAAACAGUAAAUAAGCAGUCAUACAAAUGAGAUCACAUUUUUUUCUUCAUUGUCAUUUCAGUUCAAUACACUUCUAAUAUAUUGAAAAUGCAAGCAUGUCAGAAUUAGAACAUGCAUUUAGUUUACAAAAUCUGAAUUGAUUUACAGAAGCAAAGGAUGCAAGGUUGAAUACAUUUAAAAUCUGUUAUUUUUUUCUUUCUUUUUUUUUCUUUUUUUUUUCCCCAGUGGAUGUCUCCUGCUUACAGGGGAUGGGGAACUGAAUCUGGCUGAGAGUGAAGUUGAGGUUGUUGUACACUUAGUGCAAAGCUUUGUCAAGGCAUUUAAUGUUGGCUUUGGUGAUCCCCAGGAAGUAGUUUUCACUGGUUUCAGAAGGAGCAGAAUUAGGCCAGCUAAGAACACCUGCAAGUGCUGCAGAAAGAUAGAGAAAGGUAAGAGACACAUUUCAGCCUGGGAAGACUUCCAACCUCAGUUUGCUAUGCCUUCAAAGCACUGCAAAGAGUCUAAUUCCUGGAUCCCUUUGGUAAGGUAUGUAAAUGAACCUCUUCUUUUGGAGUAACCUUUCACCCUUUCACCAUGUGUGUGUUGUGAGGGAGAUGAGGAGAAUUUGUUAGCAUAGCUGAUGAGAGCUGUAGAAGAGGCUUUUGUUUGGAGGGCUUGUAAAAAUACUCCUGAAGUGCAGUGCUGCACUGAACAUGUAUAGAAUCAUAGAAUCAUUUAGGUUGGAAAAGACCUUUAAGAUCAAGUCCAACCACCAACCAUG